GUUCAAGAGGGGCGGAGCGGGGUCACGGGCCGCCAUGGCGCAGCAGCGGGUGCUGCCGCAGAGCAAGGAGACCCUGCUGCAGUCCUACAACAAGCGCCUCAAGGACGACGUCAAGUCCAUCAUGGAUAACUUCACCGAAAUCAUCAAGACGGCUAAGAUUGAGGAUGAAACUCAAGUCUCUCGAGCAACCCAGGGUGAACAAGAUAACUAUGAGAUGCAUGUCAGAGCUGCAAACAUUGUCCGAGCUGGUGAGUCCCUGAUGAAACUUGUGUCUGACCUGAAGCAGUUCUUGAUCCUCAAUGAUUUCCCCUCUGUGAAUGAAGCUAUCAACCAGCGCAACCAGCAGCUGAGAAGCUUGCAGGAGGAAUGCGACAAGAAGUUGAUUGCACUACGAGAUGAGAUCUCCAUUGACCUGUACGAGCUAGAAGAAGAAUAUUACUCUUCCAGCUACAGUCUGUGUGACAGCAAUGAUCUUCCACUGUGUGAAGCCUACUGGAGACAAGACUUUGCCACGCUGUCCCCCGAAAGCCUCUCCAUGCCUCUGACAGCUGCCACAGCAGAGCAGAGCGUUGCUACCUCCCAGAGCUCAACCCCAUCGCACCCUCACGUGAACGGGCACGGGGCAGGCCCCACGGAGCACUCCUGAAGAGGAUCCUCUGCUGCUGAAUGUGUUCCUCCCGGUGGCACUGUGCUGCUGCAAGUCUUCCACCUGCUGUACUGAGCAAGCAUCUCCUGCUGUCAGGAGAACGCACUGGAGCUGUGUUUGUAGGUUUCUGCUCACUGGAUAGCCACGGUGCUUUCUCUGCCCCUGGGACAUUGCUAUGAGUGUUCGUCUCCCUUAAGAGACCAUGAUAAGUAAAUACAAAGUUGAUUGCUCUGACAAGUUAGAGUUAGGUUUCCUUUUACAUGAUAGUUACGUGUAGAGUUCAUUAGAAAUCCAGUUUGUUUCCAUGUGAAUCUCAGUAAGUACAUGCUGGAGUGUGGGGAGUUGAAUUUGUUCAGGAUAAACUUGAGCCAAAUGUGGGGGCAGCGAGUGUUUUGGGGUUUUUACCCCGCUUCCCAAAGUUACUGACAUUCUGGCUGCUUUAAAGCUCUCUCAGGAUGGCCUCUGACAACCUCUGUUCUACUUAAUUAGGGUAAGAAUCUUGUAUUUUUUUUAGUCAGCAGUCUUCACUGUCAGAGUGCUUCACAAACUUGAACUUCUUGCUAGCAGCCGUUUGGGAGGAGGCUCUCGGGAGACCCUUAGCAAAGAGCAGUAUUCUCCCUUUCAAAGAGGAAAGGGCACACUGAGGAAUCAGACUGAGGUAUUGAUGAUGCCAUUUGCUCGAGGCUCCAGAGAGAAGCCGUGACACGCUUUAGUCUGAUUCUGUUCUCAGCGUUUACACAGAAGCUUUCUAUUAACAUAGCCUGAGCUAACAUGAAGCCAGUGUUUGCGUUGGCUAAUAGUUUUGUCUAAUAAAAAACUCUGGAGAUGACUGGGGCAUAUGGAGCUGUGAGGGAUUCUCUGUUACUCUCACAGUUUCCUUUGAGAUGUGGUUGGUGCUUUGCCUGCAGCUGUGCAACAGCGUGGCACUUCUUCAGCCCUUCCCUGUUGCGGUGGUUCUGCGUUGACUGGACGCGGGGUGUAGUUGAACUGGAAUAGGGUCGUGACAGCUCAGUGUGGUGGGCACCGUGGAGCUGCGGCUGCGUUCCAGCAGCUGAGCUGAGCUUCCCUGGCAUUCUGCUGCAGCGUCUCACUUCUUAGGAUGUGAAUUUUGGUCCGUGUUUUGACUUCGUUUUCUUCCAUUCCAUUUAUUUUUGUAAUUAGGUGGUUUAAUAAAGCUAACUCUUUUGUAUAA